GCCCCGCGCCGCCGCAGUGGGCUGUCGCCGAGCGCUCCCGGCUCCUGCGCGGUGAACGCCGCCUUCUCCGCAGCCUCCGGCGCCGCCGGCCACGUGGACCGAUUCCGCGCCGCCCCGCCCGCACCUGGGUCCCGCUCACCCGGCGCUGCGCCCCCGCCGCUCCGCUCCGCUGCGCUCGCACCGCCGUCCCCAUGGCGGCCCUGGUGCUGGAGGACGGGUCGGUCCUGCGGGGCCAGCCCUUCGGGGCCUCUGUGUCGACUGCCGGGGAAGUGGUGUUUCAGACCGGCAUGGUCGGCUACCCCGAGGCGCUCACUGACCCCUCCUACAAGGCGCAGAUCCUGGUGCUCACGUAUCCGCUGAUCGGCAAUUACGGCAUCCCCUCGGACCAGGUGGAUGAGUUCGGCCUCAGCAAGUGGUUCGAGUCCUCGGGCAUCCACGUGGCAGGAGUGGUGGUGGGACAGUGCUGCCCCUCGCCCAGCCACUGGAGUGCCGCCCACACCCUGCAUGAGUGGCUGCAGCAGCAUGGCGUCCCCGGCCUGCAAGGAGUGGACACUCGGGAACUGACCAAGAAGCUGCGAGAGCAGGGGUCUCUGCUGGGAAAAUUGGUCCAGGAUGGGACAGAGCCUUCAACCCUGCCAUUCCUGGACCCCAAUGCCCGCCCGCUGGCACCUGAAGUCUCCAUCAAGGCUCCACGUGUCUUCAAUGCAGGGGGUGCCCCUCGGAUCCUCGCUCUGGACUGUGGCCUCAAGUAUAAUCAGAUCAGAUGCCUGUGCCGGCGGGGGGCCCAGGUCACUGUGGUACCGUGGGACCACACAUUAGAUACCCAGGAAUAUGACGGACUCUUCCUGAGUAACGGCCCUGGUGACCCUGCCACCUACCCCGGUGUGGUGGCCACGCUGAGUCGUGUCUUAGCAGAGCCUAAUCCUCGUCCCGUCUUCGGGAUCUGUCUGGGACACCAGCUCAUGGCUUUAGCCAUUGGGGCCAAGACUUACAAGAUGAGGUACGGGAACCGAGGCCAUAACCAGCCCUGCCUACUGGCGGGCUCUGGCCGCUGCUUCCUGACUUCCCAGAACCACGGGUUUGCAGUAGAAACAGAGACCUUGCCCACUGGUUGGCUUCCUCUCUUCACCAAUGCCAAUGAUCAGACCAAUGAAGGCCUCGUGCACAACAAUCUGCCAUUCUUCAGUGUCCAGUUCCACCCAGAGCACCAGGCUGGCCCUUCAGACAUGGAAUUGCUCUUUGAUGUCUUCCUGGAAACUGUGAGAGAAGCUUCAGCCGGGAACCCCGGUGGCCAGACAGUCCGACAGCGACUGAUUGAGCGCCUCUGCCCCCCGGGAAUCCCCACCCCCAGCUCUGGGCUUUCACGCCCACGGAAGGUUCUGAUCCUGGGCUCUGGUGGCCUCUCCAUUGGCCAAGCUGGAGAGUUUGACUACUCGGGCUCUCAGGCCAUCAAGGCCCUGAAGGAAGAAAACAUUCAGACUCUGCUCAUCAACCCCAAUAUCGCCACAGUCCAGACCUCCCAGGGGCUGGCUGACAAGGUGUACUUCCUCCCCAUCACAGCGCACUACGUGACCCAGGUGAUCCGUAACGAGCGUCCAGAUGGUGUGUUGCUCACUUUUGGAGGCCAGACUGCUCUGAACUGCGGCGUGGAGCUGACCAAGGCAGGCGUGCUGGCUCGCUACGGAGUCCGGGUUCUCGGCACACCUGUAGAGACCAUCGAGCUGACUGAGGACCGGCGAGCGUUCGCCUCCAGGAUGGCAGAGAUUGGCGAGCACGUGGCCCCCAGUGAGGCGGCCAGUUCCCUGGAGCAGGCCCAGGCGGCUGCAGAGCGACUGGGAUACCCGGUGCUGGUGCGGGCUGCUUUCGCACUGGGGGGCCUGGGCUCCGGCUUUGCCUCCAACAAGGAAGAGCUCUCCGCUCUGGUGGGCCCAGCUUUCGCCCAUACCAGCCAGGUGCUGGUAGACAAGUCCCUAAAGGGCUGGAAGGAGAUUGAGUACGAGGUGGUGCGAGAUGCCUAUGGCAACUGUGUCACGGUGUGUAACAUGGAAAACUUGGACCCACUGGGCAUCCACACUGGGGAAUCCAUAGUGGUGGCUCCCAGCCAGACGCUGAACGACAGGGAGUACCAGCUUCUGCGGCAGACAGCCAUCAAGGUGACCCAGCACCUGGGCAUCGUCGGGGAGUGCAACGUGCAGUAUGCCCUGAACCCCGAGUCUGAGCAGUAUUACAUCAUUGAAGUGAAUGCCCGGCUUUCUCGAAGCUCUGCCCUGGCCAGCAAGGCCACAGGCUACCCACUAGCCUACGUAGCAGCCAAGCUUGCUUUGGGCAUCCCUCUGCCUGAGCUCAGGAACUCCGUGACAGGGGGCACAGCAGCGUUUGAGCCCAGCCUGGAUUACUGUGUGGUGAAGAUUCCUCGGUGGGACCUCAGCAAGUUCCUGCGUGUCAGCACAAAGAUUGGGAGCUGCAUGAAGAGUGUGGGUGAAGUCAUGGGUAUAGGGCGCUCAUUCGAGGAGGCCUUCCAGAAGGCUUUGCGCAUGGUGGAUGAGAACUGUGUGGGCUUUGAUCACACAGUGAAGCCAGUCAGCGAUAUGGAGCUGGAGACCCCGACGGAUAAGCGGAUCUUUGUGGUGGCGGCUGCUCUGUGGGCUGGCUACACGGUAGAUCGCCUGUAUGAGCUCACACGCAUUGACCGCUGGUUCCUGCAUCGGAUGAAGCACAUCAUAGCCCACGCCCAGCUGCUAGAGCAGCACCGAGGGCAGCCUCUGCCCAUGGACCUGCUGCAGCAGGCCAAGCGCCUGGGCUUCUCAGACAAGCAGAUUGCUGUGGCGGUACAGAGCACAGAGUUGGCUGUCCGCAAGCUGCGCCAAGAACUAGGGAUCUGCCCGGCGGUGAAGCAGAUUGACACAGUGGCUGCUGAGUGGCCCGCCCAGACAAACUACUUGUACCUGACCUACUGGGGCACCACCCACGACCUCCCCUUCCGGACACCUCACGUCCUGGUCCUCGGCUCCGGCGUCUACCGCAUCGGCUCCAGCGUCGAGUUUGACUGGUGUGCCGUGGGCUGCAUCCAGCAGCUCCGAAAGAUGGGAUAUAAGACCAUCAUGGUAAACUACAACCCCGAGACAGUCAGCACUGACUAUGACAUGUGUGACCGGCUCUACUUUGACGAGAUCUCUUUUGAGGUGGUGAUGGACAUCUAUGAGCUGGAGAACCCUGAAGGCAUCAUCCUGUCCAUGGGCGGCCAGCUGCCCAACAACAUGGCCAUGGCCCUGCACCGACAGCAGUGCCGGGUGCUGGGCACCUCCCCGGAAGCCAUCGACUCAGCUGAGAACCGCUUCAAGUUCUCUCGGCUCCUGGACACCAUUGGCAUCAGCCAGCCCCAGUGGAGGGAGCUCAGUGACCUGGAGUCAGCACGCCAGUUCUGCCAGACAGUGGGGUAUCCCUGUGUGGUGCGUCCCUCCUAUGUGCUGAGUGGAGCCGCCAUGAACGUGGCCUACACUGACGGGGACCUGGAGCGCUUCCUGAGCAGCGCAGCGGCUGUGUCCAAGGAGCACCCCGUGGUCAUCUCCAAGUUCAUCCAGGAGGCCAAGGAGAUCGACGUGGACGCCGUGGCCUGUGACGGCAUGGUGGUGGCCAUCGCCAUCUCUGAGCAUGUGGAGAAUGCGGGUGUGCAUUCGGGUGAUGCCACCCUGGUGACCCCACCACAGGACAUCACUCCUAAGACAAUGGAGCGGAUCCAAGCCAUCGUGCACGCCGUGGGCCAGGAGCUGCAGGUCACGGGGCCCUUCAACCUGCAGCUCAUUGCCAAGGACGAUCAGCUGAAAGUCAUCGAGUGCAACGUGCGUGUGUCCCGCUCUUUCCCCUUCGUCUCCAAGACGCUGGGUGUGGACCUCGUGGCCUUGGCCACACAGCUCAUCAUGGGGGAAGAGGUAGAGCCUGUGGGGCUCAUGACUGGCUCUGGCGUCGUGGGAGUGAAGGUGCCUCAGUUCUCCUUCUCCCGCCUGGCGGGCGCUGACGUGGUCUUGGGAGUGGAGAUGACCAGCACCGGGGAGGUGGCCUGCUUUGGGGAGAGUCGCUGCGAGGCCUACCUCAAGGCCAUGCUCAGCACCGGCUUCAAGAUCCCCAAGAAGAACAUCCUGUUGACCAUUGGCAGCUAUAAGAACAAGAGUGAGCUGCUCCCGACCGUGCGGCUGCUGGAGAGCCUGGGCUACAGCCUCUACGCCAGCCUGGGCACCGCGGACUUCUACACGGAGCAUGGCGUCAAGGUGACGGCCGUGGACUGGCACUUCGAGGAGGCAGUGGACGGGGAGUGCCCCCCACAGCGGAGCAUCCUGGAGCAGCUGGCCGAGAACCACUUUGAGCUGGUGAUCAACCUGUCGAUGCGCGGAGCCGGGGGCCGACGUCUCUCCUCCUUCGUCACCAAGGGCUACCGCACCCGGCGCCUGGCCGCCGACUUCUCCGUGCCCCUCAUCAUCGACAUCAAGUGCACCAAACUGUUUGUAGAGGCCCUGGGCCAGAUCGGGCCAGCCCCUCCUCUGAAGGUGCACGUGGACUGCAUGACUUCCCGGAAGCUCGUGCGGCUACCCGGCCUGAUUGAUGUCCACGUGCACCUGCGGGAGCCAGGUGGAACGCACAAGGAGGACUUUGCCUCUGGCACAGCCGCUGCGUUAGCUGGGGGCAUCACCAUGGUGUGUGCCAUGCCUAACACCCGGCCCCCCAUCAUCGAUGCCCCGGCUCUGGCCCUCGCCCAGAAGCUGGCGGAGGCUGGUGCCCGCUGUGACUACGCCUUAUUCCUCGGGGCCUCGUCAGAGAACGCAGGGACCCUGGGCCCUGUAGCUGGGGCUGCUGCAGGCCUGAAGCUCUACCUCAAUGAGACCUUCUCAGAGCUUCGGCUGGACAGUGUGUCCCAGUGGAUGGAGCACUUCGAGACAUGGCCGGCCCACCUGCCCAUCGUGGCCCACGCAGAGCGGCAGAGUGUGGCCGCUGUCCUCAUGGUGGCACAGCUGACCCAGCGCUCUGUGCACAUCUGCCACGUGGCGAGGAAGGAAGAGAUCCUGCUGAUCAAAGCCGCCAAGGCCCAGGGGCUGCCGGUGACCUGCGAGGUGGCGCCCCACCACCUCUUCCUGAGCCGCGAGGACCUGGAGCGCUUGGGGCCCGGCAGGGGUGAGGUGCGCCCUGAGCUAGGCUCCCGCCAGGACAUGGAAGCUCUGUGGGAGAAUAUGGCUGUCAUCGACUGCUUCGCCUCAGACCACGCUCCUCACACCUUGGAGGAGAAGUGUGGCCCCAAGCCACCCCCGGGCUUCCCAGGGCUGGAGACGAUGCUGCCUCUGCUGCUGACGGCUGUGAGCGAGGGCCGCCUCAGCCUGGAUGACCUGCUGCAGCGGCUGCACCACAACCCCCGGCGCAUCUUCCAUCUGCCGUCACAAGAGGACACCUAUGUUGAGGUGGACCUGGAGCACGAGUGGACGGUCCCCAGCCACUUGCCCUUCUCCAAGGCCCGCUGGACGCCCUUUGAGGGCCAGAAGCUGAAGGGCACUGUGCGCCGUGUGGUCCUCCGGGGGGAGGUGGCCUACAUCGAUGGACAGGUCCUGGUGCUGCCGGGCUACGGACAGGAUGUGCGCAAGUGGCCUCAAGGGGCUGUGCCCCAGCCCCCAUCAGCCCCCACCUCCAGCGAGAUGAGCACGACGCCUGAACGGCCCCGCCGGAGCGGCUCAGGGCUUCCCGACAGCCGCUUCCACCUGCCACCUCGCAUCCACCGGGCGUCCGACCCAGGCCUUCCAGCUGUGUCCCUCCGCCCGGGAGCUGGGAGCCCAUGGGGCAGCAGAGCGUGGGCUGAGGAGCCCAAGGAGAAGUCCUCGCGGAAGGCGGCUGAGCCAGAGCUGACGGGGACCCCUGACGGCACCUGCUAUCCUCCACCACCAGUACCUAGACAGGCGUCACCCCAGAACCUGGGGGCCCCUGGCCUGCUGCACCCCCAAACAUCACCCCUGCUGCACUCACUGGUGGGCCAGCAUAUCCUGUCUGUCCAGCAGUUCACCAAAGACCAGAUGUCUCACCUGUUCAAUGUGGCCCACACACUGCGGAUGAUGGUGCAGAAGGAGCGGAGCCUGGACAUCCUCAAGGGGAAGGUGAUGGCCUCCAUGUUCUAUGAGGUGAGCACACGCACCAGCAGUUCCUUCGCAGCUGCCAUGGCCCGGCUGGGUGGCGCUGUGCUCAGCUUCUCGGAAGCCACGUCCUCCGUGCAGAAGGGCGAGUCCCUAGUGGACUCCGUGCAGACCAUGAGCUGCUACGCUGACGUCGUGGUGCUCCGGCACCCCCAGCCGGGAGCAGUGGAGCUGGCAGCCAAGCACUGCCGGAGACCCGUGAUCAAUGCCGGGGACGGGGUGGGAGAGCACCCCACACAGGCCCUGCUGGACAUCUUCACCAUCCGCGAGGAGCUGGGGACAGUCAAUGGCAUGACGAUCACGAUGGUAGGUGACCUGAAGCAUGGCCGCACGGUGCACUCAUUGGCCUGCCUGCUCACCCAGUACCGGGUCAGCCUGCGCUACGUGGCGCCGUCCUGCCUGCGCAUGCCCGCCAGCGUACGCACCUUUGUGGCCUCGCGUGGCACCAAGCAGGAGGAGUUUGAGAGCAUCGAGGAGGCACUGCCGGACACAGACGUGCUGUACAUGACUCGGAUCCAGAAAGAACGUUUUGGGUCCACACAGGAAUAUGAAGCCUGCUUCGGCCAGUUCAUCCUCACACCACACAUCAUGACCCGGGCCAAGAAGAAGAUGGUGGUGAUGCACCCGAUGCCUAGAGUCAACGAGAUCAGUGUCGAGGUGGACUCAGACCCCCGAGCAGCCUACUUCCGCCAGGCGGAGAACGGCAUGUAUAUCCGCAUGGCUCUGUUAGCCACCGUGCUGGGCCGCUUCUAGGGCCUGGCCCCUCAGCCUCUUCUCAUAGGCCCAACUGCUGGGCAAGGAAUCCAGUGCCCCCCACGGGGGCAGCACACUCACCAGAGACUCUGGGUGUCCAGACAGCUCGUCUGCACACACAGCGGCUCCACAGUAGGCGCUGGACAAGCCAGAGCUCCAGGCGAGCCGAGGGCCGGUUGCCCACUGUCUCCCCCUCCCAACUGUACAGCCACUUUUCUACUCAAUAAACAGGAAGCAGCCUCGCCUCA